AUGAAGGGAAUCACCACCUUGGCGACAUUUAUUGCCAGUGCUCAUGCCCUUGUUGGCCGCAAUCAGCUCUGCUGCUUUCAUCUCACUGCCUCUGGCAGUGCUUCUGGUGAUGUCGGCCAGUUAAGUGACGGACAAAAUCGUAUCGGGGAUGACAGCCUACCUCCUGCCGAGUUUUGCAUCAAUUCUGAUGGUUCUAUCACUGAUCACAGUGGUCGUGGCUGUAUUUUGACUCCUCCCACGACUCAGUUUCAAUGUGAUACAGGUGCCACUCCGACCCCAGGGUUCUCUAUCAGUUCCUCUGGCUUGUUGGAGUUCGAAGGCAAUUCUAAAUUUAUCUCUUGUGAGACUGGCCAGAAUGGCGGUAUGAACAUCUAUACCGUGGAAAGUUCUGAUCUCAGUCAAUGUUCGGACAUCGAGUUGAAGGCCGACUCGUGUUCUGCCCUGAGCUCUGGUUCAGAAUCCUCGCCAGCUAGUAGCAGUUGUGGCACCACGCUGUCACAAGGCAACUUUGAGUUUCCUCACUUGAUCAUCCCGAUUGACUCUCAAUCGCCCGACAAAGCCCAAGGCACCUCAUUUAACGGCGAGGUGACCUCGAGCAUUUCCAGUAUCUUUAACUUCGAUAUUCCACACGCUGACUCUGGUAAGACUUGUAGCUUGGUCUUCCUUUUCCCCGAAAAAGCCGACCUCGAGACUUCGGACUUUUCUUUUAGUGGUGAUGGCAAAGUUGAAAUCGCUCAGCUCUCCAAGGUUGCCUCAGGGUCUACGACUUUUAAUAACGCUCCUUCUGUGUCGCAUGACCUCGGUGAAUUCACCGUCUCACCUGGCCACUCGUAUGCUAUCACGAGUUUCUCGUGCCCAGCAGGCGAGGCUGUUGCAUUUGAGAUGAAAAAUUCCGGCAGCACUGAUCUGACAUUCUUUCAAGAUUUUAACCCAUCUCCGUAA